UCAAGGCACUGUGGAGUAUACAGCACUGUGGAGCUUACAGCACUGUGGCAGUACGUCAAGGUGGACAGUGAUGAUGUUGACAACAGUUUUCGUCGCAGCCGUUGUUGUGAGCGCUGCAUCCGCCGCUUCAGUUUGCAGUGACUGUGAUGGGGCUGAGCCGGUGGAUAUCGUGACCUACUAUGAGGCCAUGUGUCCCUUCAGUAGGAAGUUCCUGACAACACAGCUGUAUCCAACGAUGAAACUCCUUCCCGACAACGUCAUGAACGUCACCAUCGUACCCUACGGCUUCGCCCACGAGAAACAGGAGAACGGGAAGUGGGUGAUGUACAACUGUCAACACGGGCCCUCCGAGUGUAUCGGGAACGCCAUAGCUGCUUGUGUUCUGAAUAUGACCGCAUACGAUGCCCGGGAGUACAUGCCGAUGAUCAACUGCAUGGAGGUGAACACGAGGCACGGACAUCAGAUGGAGGCUCUCAGUAAGUGCGCUCCUGCCACCAACAUGUCCGAGUCUGAGAUUCUAACCUGCUACAACAGUACCGAGGGUAGCGAGCUUCAUCACCAGAUGGGCCAGAUCACCCACGCCGGCCACAUCCACUACGUGCCACACAUCAACAUCAACGGUCAACACAGCAAACUGAUCCAGUACAACGCCUACAACCACUUGCUGGAAGUUGUAUGUCAGGCCUACAAGGGACCCGAGCCUGCGGCCUGUAAGGCGAGGCAACAUGUAGCAAUUGUUGGGUAA